CUCGAGGUCGCCGCGCGCGUAAGCCUGGUACCACAUCAACCACGCGUAAACCAAAGGAUCCGGACAAUGUCCCUCGCACAAUCACCUACCCUCCCUCUUCUGAGCUGGAACAGAGACCGAAGGUCGGAAAGGAAACCAACUCCAACCAGAUCCUGAGGGUGGAGGCUAACCUUGUCCGAGUGGAACAGUUAACUCAACGCAGGGUGGGGGAAAUGCAUUCUUCAAUGCUUUCGGCGCUCGCGACACAUCGUCGCGAGAUCCUGAACGAUACCAGGGCGGAGUUGGACAAGAUAAUCUCAAAUUCUCUACGGGAGGAAAUAACUAAUAUUGUUUCUACGGAACUCAAUCGCUUAGAACCGAACCUCGUCACACGCCUAACCUCUCUCCUGCCCAUCGACACUAUCAACACCCUUCUAUCCUCCAUGGAGGACAUGCUCAAUGCCUCUACCCCUGUCACUCCCCCUCAUGGGCCUUCACCUCUGCACCUACCUUCUCGCCCCAACAAUCACCUGUUCACGCUUUCCAAAACUGCCCCUCACUCAUCACGAAUCCCUUCCUCUUCCCCUCUACCUUCCUCACCCUCCCUGCUGGCCCGUUUGCGGAAUGGACCCUCAACGACGCAACCAGGACCCCUGAUCCCUGCCGACAACUCCCCAUCGACCAACGUCGGUGCCCCCCAAACGACCAUUGGUUCUUCAAUCAAGGCGGGUAAACGACGUGCCGACGAUGUAGAUGCCAACAAUAGGGAUCCUAAGCGUCAUCGCUAUGAUGCUCGCUCUGCUCACACUGUCACCAUUGACCUUCCACCCAACUGGGAGCCUCUCCCCACCACUAUUGACUACAUUUUCGAAAUGUACAAUACCUGGUCUACCGACUUCGAUGCCGCGGCGCGGGUGCUGCUCCCACGGGUCGGUUAUAUAACUCGUCUAGGUCCCUAUCGACUCCGCCUCACUUUCUCUAAGGAAGGCAUCGAGGAGUUCCUCGCCGCUUGGAAUACCCACCACACCUCCGUACCUGGCUUAACCAAUGUCAUUGCUCACAGGGACAGCACUCAUUGACGGCGGUGCGGGGGCGUGGAACGGACUGGCGAUACUUCUUCCAACCUAUUCCUCUCCCCCUCUCCUUCUGAUUAUGUGCUCCUGGCUAUGACAUCGAACAUUACUGUACCCUACUCUUAUGUAACACCAUCUGUACUGCCCUCCUCUUCCUCCUCUGUACUACCAUCCAUGCCUCAUUCACUCUCCUCUCCCAUUUCUUGCUUUUCUCCCUCUGCUCCCCUUUCUACCUUAACUAUGUCUUCCUCUGUCCAACAAAUUCGAAAAAUGCGCGUUCUAUGUUGGAAUAUAAAUGGCCGUUACCUUCUUAACUACCUCUGCUCUGAGUUCCUUGACCUCAUGAAUAAAUUUGAUAUUAUCCUCCUUCAGGAGACACGACUACAACACCACUC